AUGGCGAAGGAUAAAAAGGCCCGGAAAGACUGUCUCCCACUCAUAACCCACCUGCCCGCAGUUCCUGGGGCUGCGCGGCCGGGGGAAGGCGGUCGCCCGCCUCCUUCCCCAUCCGGGGCGCCGGGGUCGCGGCAGCGGCCGAGCACUUCCGCGUCCGCCCCCACCUUCGCGGCAGGAGCGCCCUUUCGCGGCCGGCGGGACUGCGAGGUCGCUGCUGCCCCCUCCCGGCGGCUCGGAGGACCUCCCGGCCCCUCCAGGGAGGGCGCAGGGUCAGAGCCUAGGAAAAAGCGAAUGCCCGACAGAAAGACGGGAUUUGGCAUCCGAACGCCAGGAAUAGAGGUUUCUGUUCCAACAUUUGGCAAGAUUCCUUGGCUUAGUGAGGCCAGCCUCAUAAACAAGCCAUUAGUGCUCAGCAUCCCCAAAAGAUAUCCUCAUGCCUCUGCUACUUUUCUGAUUUCAUCCAAGAAGGAUAGGAAUUUGCCUAUUUUGUUUCAAGUUCCAGAUGUCUUAUCUAAGGCCAGGAGGAUCCAGAGUAACCCCAUGCUGAUCAGAAACAAGCAGCUGUGCUCCCUAUGUCAAGAGAUAAAAAUGGUACAACCAAGAACUAUGAUAAUCCCUCAUAAUCUGAAAUUAUCCUUUGAGAAUUUUAUGAGUCAUAGAAUGAUGAGUCUUCCUCCACCAAAAGCCCAGACUGUUUCCAAAUGUUCCCAUAAUGACAUCUCAACAGAGAAUAUUCACUACAGACUGCCCAUUCUGGGCCCCAGGACAGCUGUCUUCCACGGACUGUUGGCAGAUACCUACGCAACUCUGCGGGACACACAGCUCUCUUCCUUGCCCAGAAAGGAGCCAAAGGGCAAGACAAUGAGGCAGUGA